AUGUCUGGCGGCUUCAAAGACUCCUUCACAAAGGAAGACACGAAAGAGGAUGUACUUGGCUAUGACGACACCGCAUUUUACUACUUCGUUGUCAGCGUGCUGACCUGCGUAGCGUUGCCCUGGACGAUUGCCUUUAUUUACAGUUUUGUUCGUCACGGGCAUGAUGCAGAUAGUGAGUAUCCUCGAAAAAGCAGCGAGGGCAGUGUCCUGCGAUACUGCCGGACUGCUGCGAUGGUGGAAAAGGUGGAGAAGUCUCGAAGUGAAGCCCGAAGAUUCACUGCCAGGGCAGCCUUGAGCGCUCUUGUUCAGUUCGUCAUUUUGUCUUUCCUCUGGGCAUGCAUCUUUGGUACAAUGACUCAGCUGGGGCAUGAAAAGGAGAUUCAGAAGUUCGACCCUUUCGUGAUUCUAGAUGUCCCGCCCUCUGCCAGUGGCAGUGCAAUCAAGCGGGCAUACCGGAAGUUCUCCCUGAUCUACCAUCCCGACAAGAAUCCGGACGACCCUCUUGCUGCAUCGCGCUUCAUCCAGAUCACAAAGGCUUAUCAAGCUUUGACUGAUGACAUUGCCAAGCGGAAUUGGGAAAAGUAUGGGAAUCCGGAUGGGCCGCAGACCACAAAGGUUGGAAUCGGCCUGCCCCGCUUCCUUUUGGAAAAGGAGAACCACUUGAUGAUUCUAUGCACCUUCUUCUUUGUGAUUGUUUUCCUGGUGCCCAUUACUUUCAUUUGUUAUUAUCAAAAUGCCAAGAAUUUUGCUGCGAACGGUGUCAUGAUUGAAACGCUUCAAUUUCUUGGGUACUACAUCGCAGAGUCUGCGCGUGCAAAGCACGGCCCUGAACUUCUCGCUGCUUGUGCAGAGAGCCGGCUGAUGGGCACGCGCCCGACGGAUAAUGCCGACAUCAAGAAGCUUGGAGGACAUGUGAUAGAGCACAAGAAGCGCGUCUUCACCUUCCCUGCCGUCAUGAAGAACCAGUACCUGACCUGGGCUCACAUGCAGAGGCGCCAUUCCUUGAUGACGCCUCCCUUGCGGCAAGAUUUAGAUGAGCUGCUGGGGCAUUCUAUGAAGGUCACCCAAGCCAUGAUUGAGGUGGCCUGCAUGAGGGAGUGGUUCGCGACAGCUCAGGGCAUGAUCGAGUUCCGGCGCUGCCUAGUGCAGGCUCUUGACAUUAAGAGUUCUCAGCUCCUGCAGAUACCGCACUUCACGGAGAAGCAGGUAGAGCUCUGUCAGAAGGCUUCCCCUCCUGUGACAGCUCUCUCUGAUUUUCUUGCUCUAGAGCCAGAUGAGCGAAAGAAACUCAGCCAGCUUGCCGACACGGAGCUUUUAGACGUGGAGGCAUUUUGUGGGCACAUUGGCCAAACUUUGAUAAAAGCGCACAUUGGCGUCGAGGACGAGUCCGAGAUCGUAGUUGGUGAUGUUGCGACAGUCAAGGUUCAAAUGUGUCGCAAGCACCUGACGGGCAACGAAGCCCAAGGGCCCGUCAGUGCCCCGCUCUUUCCCGGCGCCAAGUUUGAGGAAUGGUGGCUCUUCCUCGUGGACUCUGGCGCCAAAGAGCGAAUAGUGCACUUCGAGCGCGUGCUCGAUCUGGAGCGCUGUCUUGAAGAGAAGCUGCGAUUCCAAGUUACGAAAGCUGGCGAGAACAAGCUCGUCUUGUACGCCAUGUGUGAUGCAUAUGCUGGCAUAGACCACAGGAUCGAGCUUACUUUUACUGCGUAUGCAGAAGAUGAGAUGAUGCGGAAGAUGCCCGUGCAUCAGGAAGAUGAAGAUCUAGAUCUUCAGCCUACGCUCUUUCAGCAAUGGAUGGGCGAUUUUAAAGGCGAUGAAAGUGAAGAGGAAGAGGAUGGGGAAAGGGAGCCAAGAAGAUUCCGUGGCCGCGCUGGCCGGUCGAAGGACGCGGGUGAAGCUGCUGAACCAGCAAGAAACACCUCAAAGAAUGUCGAGGAAGAAGAUGACGAUGAGGAGGAAGCUGAAAAUGAUUCUGAUGCCACAUCCUCCGGCUCGGAGUGA